GUUAUUGUUUCGAAGCUUUUCAACAUUUCAGCUUUAAAGCUUUACGCAGUGCUAAUGAUGCCCUGCGAUAUGUUUGUGUAAUAUUAUUCACAACAAUAAUGAUUCAAUAUUCUGCCAGUGUCAAUCCAAAGUGAGCAUUGUUGUCUACUUUGUAAUGUCUUAUUGCCAGAAAAGGCCUAAGAGCCGUGGGGGUCAGUGGUGGGCCUGGUGCAGGGCAACAGCCGGAGGAAGAGGAGGAGAAGAUCUCUGCUGGGAGCUAAUGAAUCAGCUUGUCUUCUGACUGAUUUGUGCUGAGGUGGACUGCUGGGCUUUGGUGUUUUCAUUUGUCCUCUGGAUGUGACAGUGAACCAUGCUGCCACUACUACUGCUGCUUGUCUGCCUGCAGACUUCACUACAACAGACUCCUCCUGGUCGCUGUGACAUCUCACACACAGUCAACAUGUACACUUCCUGCACGUCCUGCGCCCUAGCCACCAGCAGCUGCCCGCAUGGCUUCAGUAAGGUUGGCACCACCAACUGCAGCUAUGUGGUGCAGAUCGGCGGCAGGGAGAUGGUGCUUGCAGGAUGUCAGCAACUUUGUGUGAAGAGUUCCAUACUACCUCAGUGCUGUCCACAGCACUGGGGACCGCUUUGUCUCCCUUGUCCUAGCUGGUCAGGGAAGACCUGUAACUUCCACGGAACCUGCAUGGAUGGUGACCUCGGCAAUGGGACCUGUGUCUGUGAUGACGGAUUCAGUGGCUUUGCCUGCCAGGAUUGCAGCAAACAGAACACUUUUGGCAAAAAGUGUGAUCAAGUGUGUGACUGUGUGCAUGGAUUGUGCGACCAAGGUCCAGAUGGCAGUGGACGGUGCUUGUGUCAGCCGCCAUACACGGGGAAGCGUUGCGACCAAGUGAGUAGCAGGUGCAGUUCUUGCAGUCCUUACUCAUACUGUAAAGGAGAGGGAGACGCUGCCACAUGCGAAUGCUUGCCGGGGUACAGGAAGACACAGCAGAACAAAUGCGCAAGUGUGUGUGUACCCAGCAGCUGUGAUGUCAACGCACAAUGCUCAUCCCAGGGAUCAAAGGUCAGCUGUGCCUGUAAGCCAGGCUUUGAGGGAGAGGGCAGAGUAUGCGUACCAAGAAACCCUUGUUCAGUUAACAAUGGAGGGUGUCCCUUCAACUCCACUGUCUGUGUAUUUAAAGGACCCAACAAGGCUCACUGCAAGUGCAUGUCCGGCAUGUCUCCAAUAGGGGGUGACGCUGGGUCAGGCUGCCAGCUGGUCUCGGCAUGCUCAGCAGACACCUGUCACUCUUCAGCAGUCUGUCAAACUGGACUGGAUGGAAAAGCCAGGUGUGUGUGCCAGCCGAGCGAGAUCAGUGAUGGCCGCCGUUGCUACGGUACCUUGAUGGAGCAGCUGUGGGAGCUGGACAGAAGUGGAAACCACAGAGGAAAGCUGACAGGAGCCAUCAACCUGUUUGAGAAAGGUUGCUUACAGCUGCUAAGUCACAAUGGACCAUUCACAGUUUUUGUCCCCCUGCUCAAAACUCCUCUGACUUCUGUCAGGGACGAGAUGUGUCACAACCACCUGAUUAUGGGUCAGCACAUCCUCAAGGAGAUGGAGGGCCGAGAGUUCAACAUGUACGGAGGCGCAAGGAUGAGGAGCAAAGACAGCAAGAGGUUCAUUCUGCUGGAUGAUCCCAAGAAGCUGUACACAGUCAUCCAGGCGGACUUGCCAGCAGCCAAUGGGAUCAUCCACAUCAUUGACCUGCCAAUCAUGAGCCUUCCUCCUGCCAGGCCAACUCAACGAGUCAUGUAUACAGACCUGACCAUUGGUGAGAUUGUGAGAAAGGAACCAUUGUUCAACCGCUUCCUGUCUCUCGUUGAUAACUGUGGGACGCUGCUCCCUCUGAGUGGACCAGGACCUUUGACGGUGUUCAUCCCCACCAAUGAGGCCGUGGACAAAGCCCGAGACGGGAGCAUUCUCUACAUGCUCAAUCACGCCAAACAUAAACUUCAAGAACUUCUCAAACACCACAUCUUCUCCAAGGCCAGUCUGACAUCUGAUGACCUGGCAGCUCUUCCUCGCAUUGAGACGAUGGCCAAUCAGAUGCUUACCAUCUCCACAUCUACUGAUGGUGACAUUGUGUUGGGUGACAAGGGCGUCCGCGUGCUCAGCCACGACAACAGGGCGUUCAACGGUCUCAUCCACCUGAUUGACGGCCUGCUGUACCCACCCUCCAUUCUCCCCAUUUUGCCUCACCGCUGUGACAUCACAGAGAGCAAGAUCACUGUGGGUCCAUGUGCUCACUGCAGUUACCUCUAUGAGACAUCCUGUCCAGAAGGCAGCACUGAAUUGAACAGUCACCUGAUAGGCUGUGAUUAUGUGACGUCUCCUCUGUGGCUGUUUCCGAGUAAAGGCUGUGCUAAGUACUGCAAUGUCACCAAGCAGACUCCAGAGUGCUGCAAAGGUUUCUUCGGGCCGGACUGUAAACCGUGCAUUGGCGGCUUCCAGCAUCCGUGUUACGACAGAGGAACGUGCUUCGAUGGUAUCCAUGGCAAUGGCACAUGCAGCUGUCAACCAGGCUUUGAAGGCGUCGCCUGCCACAUCUGCACCGACUCAUCCAAACAUGGAGACAACUGUGACGAAGAGUGUCACUGUUUGCACGGUGUGUGCGACAACCGUCCCGGUAGCGGCGGUGCAUGUCGGAGAGGAUCCUGUUUGGAGGGGUACUCGGGAGAGAGGUGCGAUAAAAAAGCCACACCUUGCAACUCUGAUGGACUUUUGGAACACUGUCACAUCCACGCCUACUGCACACACACAGGACUGCAAAGCACGUGUGUGUGUCGUGAUGGCUAUGAAGGGGACGGUCACUCGUGUACUGCCAUCAACCGCUGUCUGAAGAGCAACAGAGGAGGUUGCGACGCCAAUGCCGAGUGUAUAUACGUGGGUCCCAGCAACGUGUCUUGUGUGUGUGUGGAGGGUUGGACAGGUGAUGGCAGAGUGUGUGUGGAGAUCAACAACUGCCAGCUAGAGAGUCGAGGAGGGUGCAGCCCCAACGCUGACUGCAAUCAUAUUGGACCUGGCCAGAGCGAGUGUGUCUGUAAAAAAGGCUACAUGGGGAAUGGCAUUGUGUGUGACCUCGUUAACCCCUGCUACAACAACAACGGAGGCUGCCACGCCAUUGCAAAGUGUGAGCAGAAAGAGGACGGAAACCACACAUGCACGUGUCCUGAUGGCUACGCUGGAGACGGAAUCAUCUGCUAUGGAACGUUAAUGGAGGAGCUGGACAUGAACCCAAAGCUUUCCAGCCUUUACUACAUGAUCCACAGGUACAGUCAUUCCUCUGAGGACCUGAGUGGCAACCUCACAGUGCUGGUGCCGACCCGAGAAGCUUUAAGGAACAUGAGCUCUGCUGAGAAUUGGUUCUGGACCAGGAGACACCGCCUACCUCAUUUCCUUCGGGCUCACAUCCUGCAAGGAAUCUACUCAAUAGAAGACAUGGGGGGAUUGGUGGGCCAAAAGCUUGCCUCCUUGAACUCACCCACACAAUGGGAGAUCAGGAAUAGUAGCAAGGGACUUCUUAUUGGAAACGCCUCCAUCAUCGCACACAACCUGCCUGCAAUCAAUGGCUAUAUCCAUAUCAUCGACCGGUUUCUGCUACCUUCCCAUUCUGACCUCCCACCCGAGCCACCUACCCUGAUGGCCUUCUUGAACUCCUCCCCCGGCUUCAGUCUAUUCCGACAGUACGCUCUGAUGUACAACCUGUCAGAGAAUGUCAACAUGACAGAUUUCACCCUGCUGCUGCCCACAGAUGAGGCCAUCCGCCAGCACCUCCGUGAAACUAACUCCUCCCACCUGGACUCUGAUGUGUUCAAAUACCACCUGAUUCUCAAUGAGCUGCUCUUCCCAGACCGACUGUUUGAUGGCAUGCUAAAGAGCACUCUGCUGGGCAGCGACUACCAGGUCCAGUUCCACCUGAACAAUAACAACCAGACAGCAGUGAACGAUGUCCCGCUGGACGGCACUUUCACAGAGACGCAGUAUGGCAUCAUCAUGGUUCUCCCUCAGGUCCUCAAAGUCCGCCGCAACAGAUGCAGCCAAGAGAUCACGCUGCAAGUCAACGGACGGUGUACAGCAUGUAACGGUCCUCCUCGAUGUCUCUACAGAUACAAGCCAAUUAAAACCCAGUUUCCAGAGAACAUGAAACCCAACUGUCGAUACAAAACACGAAUUGGCUCCAGGAGAAAGUCGGUGCCAGGCUGUAUCGUCAAAUGUCUUCAGGUCACCAAGCAUCACUCCUGUUGCGCCGGUUACUACGGCCACGAGUGCUACAAAUGUCCUGGAGAAGUAGGAAGCUGGUGUUCCAAUCAUGGGGAGUGCCAGGAUGGUCUCCUUGGCAACGGGGAGUGCCGUUGCUACGAGGGCUUCCAUGGCACUGCGUGUGAGGACUGCGAGCCUGGACGUUACGGAGUCAACUGCUCUUCCAAGUGUGUGUGCGACCACGGGAGGUGUAACGACGGUUUGGCGGGAAGUGGCAAGUGCGAGUGUCACAAAGGCUGGAAGGGAGCCUCAUGCUCCGUAGAGAUCAAGGACGACGCCUGUGGAGGAGUGUGUGACGAGAACGCCAACUGCAUCACGGGGCCGCAGGGGACCGCCGCAGCCUGUGUGUGUGUCGCGGGAUACGAAGGCAAUGGCACCUUCUGCAAAGAGGUGGAUGUGUGCAGCAGGUCUAACGGGGGUUGCUCGCGGUUUGCCACCUGUUCUAAAGUCUCAACGGGGGAGCGCACCUGCACCUGCAAAGAUGGCUAUACGGGCGACGGGGUGGUCUGUCUGGAGGUCGAUGGCUGUCUGGUCAACAAUGGAGGCUGCCACAAGUCGGCGGAGUGCAUCAGGACAGGCCCCAACACUGUGGCCUGCAGGUGUCAGGUGGGCUUCCAAGGAUCCGGCAGGUUCUGUUAUCCAGUCAAUCCUUGCAAGACCAACAAUGGCGGGUGCAGCAAAUAUGCUCGCUGUGAGUACUUGGGUUUGGGUCAGAGGAACUGCUCCUGCCACAGAGGGCAUGUGGGAGAUGGCUUUGAUUGCCGGGGAAACACCAACUCAGAGGUGUACCGAAAUCCAGAAAAUGCUGUUUUCCGUCAAAUGCUCUCAAAAUCAGACACUCGAAGUCUUUAUGGCAGCGGGCCAUUCACCCUCUUUGUCCCUGUCGUCAACAACAACACAUAUUCCACCAUUGACGAAUGGCAGCAAUCCGGUCGUCUAAAUGAUGUGAUUCGUUACCACGUUGUUUCAUGUGAGACUCUGACUUUCAAUGACCUCCAAACCACGGAGCGCGCCAUCUCCACAUCGGGAUACGUUCUGCACUUCAGCCUGCAACGGGGCUCGGUGUUGAUAAACAACAGUUCCAGGAUCGUAACAAGUGACUACACUACAUCAAACGGAGUGAUCCACUACAUAGACACUCUGCUGACGCCAUACAGGCUGCAGGACAAAGGUCACCUGGAGCAGAUGAACUUGACUGCAGCAGCUCACUUUUAUGGCUACAGCGCCUUCUACAAGCUAAUGGAGAGUGCUGGAUUGCUCCCGAUUCUCCAGUUGUCCAUCCACCAGCCCUUCACCAUGUUCUGGCCCACAGACCAGGCCCUCAAAUCCCUGCCGCCUGAAAGGCAGCGCUGGCUCUCCAGUCCUGACAACCAAGAGCAGUUAGCUGCCACUGUCAAAGCCCACAUUAUACGCAACUCCAAGGUUCUGGAUGUCAGUCAGCCGGGUAUAAACACUUGGUUCCGCACCAUGCACGGAUCAAAAAUCAAGUACACCUGUGACAAGACUGUGGUGGGGGACAUAUUGAUCAAUGAAAAUGCCGCCAGAUUAGUGGAGCGCUACUUGACCUUCAAAGAAGGCGUGGCCUAUGGCAUCGACCAGUUACUGGAGCCGCCUGGCUUGGGAGCGUACUGCAACACUCUGGAGAACAGAACCACUUUCGGACGCUGUGGUCGCUGUCUCGUCCCUCCACCUUGCCCCAUCAGACACGAGUACACAGGACAGGUAGACAGUUGUGUGAGACCUCGCACCAGGUAUUCGCUGGGUUACUUGCGCUGGUCAGGUGACCUGGACACAAUGGGAAGAAUUGGCUGUAAGAGAAUAUGUAAGUUUCCCACUUGGGUCCAGAAGUGCUGCAAAAACCACUACGGCCCAGACUGUCAAGUUUGUCCAGGUGGCGUGGAGUCACCUUGUGGCAGCCAUGGGGCUUGCGAAGAUGGCCUGAGCGGUUCAGGAAGAUGUAACUGCCUCUCAGGUUUCAAAGGAACGGCGUGUGAAAUUUGUAUGGCAGGACGUUACGGCCCCAACUGCACAGCCUGUAACUGCGGGAAGCAGGGAUCAUGUGACGAGGGCAUGGAAGGAUCUGGCCAGUGUGUGUGUAAGCCAGGCUGGAAGGGCGACCGCUGUCAGAUUGACAUAGGCUCCAUCCCAGAGGAGUGUCGGCAGUGCCACCCUCAGGCCGACUGCUUGCCGGGUGUGGGAUGUCUUUGUAAAUCUGGUUUUCAGGGAAAUGGUACCUUCUGCAGUCCUGAACCACCUCCAGAUCUCUGCUCCGAGUAUAACGGCGGCUGUCACCAGGAAGCAGACUGCAACCAGACAGGCCUGCAGGUAAACUGCACCUGUCGCAGCGGUUACCAAGGCGAUGGGUUCUCCUGUGAGGCCAUUAACAGAUGUGUGGAGGAGACAAAUGGUGGCUGCAGUGACUUUGCGUCCUGCAAGUUCACAGGUCCGAACGAGCGUGAGUGUGAGUGCUUGCCGGGUUACGUGGGUAACGGAAUACAGUGUCUGGAGAAAGUGGUGCCACCUGUUGAUCGCUGCCUGGAAGACAAUGGAGGUUGUGAUGGCGUGGCCUCCUGCAAAGACUUGCAUUAUCAUGCCAACACAGCCGGAGUGUUCCAUCUGCGCUCUCCAGACGGGAAGUACAAGAUGAACUUCAGUCAGGCGGAUGCUGCUUGCCAGGCCGAAGGCGCCAUGCUGGCCAGCCUCAAACAGCUGGGUGAUGCACAGCAGCUGGGAAUGCAUCUGUGCGUGGCGGGCUGGAUGGAAGGGGGAAAGGUGGGAUACCCAACACGCUUCCCCACCGUGAAGUGUGGUGACAACCAUGUGGGUGUGGUCCUCUACAAAGAACCUGUCGACCAGCAAAGCCUGUAUGAUGCCUACUGCUACAGAGUCAGAGAUGUGACCUGCACGUGUCCUGCUGGCUAUGUGGGAGAUGGCAGCUUCUGUAAUGGUGUCCUGACUGACGUCCUGGCAGCGCAUAGCAACUUCUCUAUCUUCUACAAGUUCUUGUUGGACUACAGCGACUUGUCCGGAGAAGGCAAACGGCUUGUUGAGUUUUUAGCUCACAGGAAGUCGGAUGUAACGUUAUUUGUUCCACAUGACGCUGGCUUCAGCCCCAGCCAGGUGCUCUCAGGUCGAGAUGUGGAGUAUCACAUUUCGACCAAUAACAUCCGACGACCAUUUAAGGAUCUGAGACAUCAGGAAGUCAUCCCAUCCAGGCUCGGCUUCAACCUAUCUGUCACCCACGGCAACAAUGAGAGUCUUAAACUGGUCAACCAGCGUCUCUUGCUGGUGUGGGACAUUCCCGCCGUCAACGGCAUCAUCCAUGUCAUUGAGUCGCCACUCACAGCACCACCCCCUCUGGUUUCCCACCAUGCUUCUCGUGGCCACGUCCACUCGAGCGGCACCGUGUCGGCCAUCUUGGUGUCGUUGCUGCUGGCUGGUGUGAUGGCAGCGCUCGGCUAUUACGUCUUCAAGCAUAAGACAGACGCCUUCCGCUUCCAAUACUUCAAAAAUGAUGACGAGGACAAUCCAGCUGGUGGUUCAACCAAACCCGCCCUUGUCUCCAUCCCAAAUCCGUUGUACAGCGGCUCUAGAGCCUUUGCCGAACCCUUUGGGGACGCCAGUCAGGGGGCCGAGCCAGCAGAACCAGAGGAACCGCCAAAGAUUCUGGACCUGGAUCAAUAAAAGCAGCUGUUUGCGUGGUGACUUUAAUUGUCUGUUCCUACAAGCUUCAAAUCAAAGCAGGACAAAGUGAUUGUCAAUAAAGUUGCACUCAUCUUUUUUUUUUUAAACCAUCCACGCAUCAUAUGACUGCUAUUUGUCAACUUCUCUUCCUCAUAUUUGUAUGUUUUUUUUGCAGCUGUGUGUGAAUGUGGGGUUGUUAUAAAAGGGCAAAGAAAAAAAACAUUCCCUGAGGUUCCCAGGAAGGCUUUAUGGCUUUAAUGUUGUUGUCCAGCAGCUCCUUCUCCACGUGUUCCACUUUCCUCUAAAACCUUUUCUUCGAGCAGCCACGUUUUCUUUUCCCAAACAAUGUGAAAUUACCUGUGCGUGUGUGUGUUUGUGUGUGUGUGUGUGCGAGCAUGCUGAAUCAUUGAUGGUGUAGAUUAGAACGUCAGCACAAGAGAGAGGCGCCACUGUUCCCUUCUCUAACGCUGUUCAACUGACGUCCAUGACACAAGACCUCAAGACGUCCACACGAUUAUGCAACUAUUGGCAUCCUCUGCCACCCCCAACACACACACGCACACACACCUACACACAAGCAUGUUUGUUCUAUGCCUACAAACUCUGUUUUGGAAGUCAGUAAGACAAAAGGGCUUGACAACAGCUUGAGAACACAAAUGAAAAAUAUGGCACUUUGGUUGUUAGUUCACACGACAACAGCUUUUGGAGGCAAACCACACAAACAUUUGAAAAUAGGGUAAAAGGUCACGGUGGCCGACGGGCACAUGCGCAGCAACGUCCAAACACAGAAAUGAUCCAAAAACAAACAAAUGCCACAAGAAAAUGUGGCAAAUGAGAAAUUCUGCAAUCACAGACGCUGCUGGAUCAAAAAACAAAUGCAAAACAAAGUUUGCGGUAAUAUUUUACAGUGUUACAGAUUUUUGUGUUAAACAGUGACAUAAUGAAAGAUUUGCCUUUUCAUUUCGCCAACUUUCUUCUUGGCGUCCCGCUCAUGUCUACGAAGACGGAUACCCCUCAGGUCUGGCGCCCCUGGGAGCCUGGCUAACUUCUGUUUUGUUCCGUGAACUUGCAGCAUUUCUCGCAGUAGUUGUUUUUGGGGUUUGUCUGUGUUUUUGGCAUUUGCAGCAUUUCCUUUUUCAUUUGUUUUUUUUAUUUUACAGCAUUAUCGUGAUUGCAGCGCAUCCUCGUAUAAUUUGUUUGAUGGUCAUACCUGUCAACGCUUGCAUUUGAAAAUAAGGGACAUUUGCCAGAAAAAUGAGGUGUUCCACCAGAAAAAAAAAUAAAGACCCGACUGCCAACUGUGGUGCAAACGUAUUAUUUUACUGGCAUGCUUUUAUUUUAAAGGCCUGACUUUCCAUAAACUUAAAACGGGAGGGCAGGACAAAAUACGGCCAUUUCCUGGUGAAAACUUGAGGGUUUGCCAGGUAUGCUUAUCGUGUUUUGGAUCGUUUCUGUGUUUUGAUAUUGCUGCACGUCUGCCCCUGUCGGCCACCGUACAGGGUGACCAAGUGAAUCAUGUCGGGAAACAAAAUGACUAGGUGUGUAACGGUAGGCCAUAGUCACAGUUCAACACGUGAUUUUUACACAACAAUACUGUCAUUAACUUGGUAAUGUUUGAUUCACGUGGAGUCAUUUGGCCGCAUAAUAAUAGCUUGGCUUUCUUGCUUUGCUGCUGGUGUGUGUUAGAAAUAAAACAGAAGGCGUUCCAUUCCCACGCUAAUUAACGCGCACAAUGGCGGUAACGUUUGUUGAUGGAGUUCCAAAGUUCCUGUACUUCAUCAAUAUGAUCUGUGUAGCAGAAAUGGUGUGCGUAUUUUUCAAACAGCAGAUCAAUAAUGACUUCCCCUAGCAAAUCCUUUUAUAAGAUGCAAUUACAAUUAAUGUCAGAGCCACUCAAUAAAUCCAAUCAACAAAAAAACAAAAUGUAUCCAGGAUUCCUUUUAUCACUAUGCCUUAACAAUAACAAUUACAACCAUGGAAUUUCCAUUUUACCUGAUUGCAAAAUGUACAUAGAAUAGAUCCUUGCAAAGGUUUCUGCAGGCUCAGAGAACGUGUCUUGUGUUUAAAAUGUUGUACUCUUGUUCUACAUCAGGGGUCACCAACGUGGUGCCCGUGGGCACCCACGACCACAUGAGGUGCCCGCAAGCCUGCUUUUCAUUCAGGUUUUCAGUUAAUAAUGAAAGAACAGUAGAAAGAAAUGCAUUCUGAAAUACAAAAUGUGAGUUGUGGACACCAGCAUUUUGUUAAUGUUCUGGUAAAACAAGCAUAUUCGCUUUG